AUGUGGAUCGGAAGCUUUUCCACAGCGUUCAUCCAUCUCAAAUUUAUAGAAGAUCACUGCAUGCGAGCACUGCUCUUCGCAGCAGUAGUUUCUACAUGGCUCGGAAAUCGUACAGCCAGAAUCCGCACACCACUGCAUCGUCCGUUCACAUGGAAGCAUCUUCUGUUCUGGACGUCUUUGUUUGGUCUUUUGUUAGGUGUCAUUGCUGUUGGUGCGACUUGUCAUAUCUUUCAUAAACAAGUGUCAGCCACUGUACCUGGUCAGUCAACUGUAACUACCUCAGUUGGUUCUCUACUUUAUGAUCGUUUCAUGAACCAAGAGCGUGCACAUAUGUUUUUCAAAGACACACCGACUCUUACGUACAGUCUUCACUCGUCAACCGAUUUGAGAAACGUAUGGUGGGAAUCAGAUCUAGUGGGGAAAGCUCCAGCAUGGGCCGACAUGGCAGCGGUGUUUAUCGUCGAUUUGAUGUACCAGGAAAUGCGAGUGCUAGAAAAUCGUAGCAAAAUUGAGCCAUUGAAAUGGGCGCUUUGGAGAAUGUAUCUCAUAAAUAAAUUCGACGUACCUGCCUUUAUUUCACAUACAGAACUGCGUAAUAUCUGUGCCAAAUGGGUGAAAGAACAGGCAACCAUACGAGGGAAGAGAGAUCCAUCAGAACGCGGCAAAGGAGCACGGGAUUACCGUUUCUUGGGGACAGCAAGGGCGUGUGAUGUUACUGGCAAGUAG